AUGGAUUCGGAAGACGGGGAGUACUUUAUAAAGCAACUCGCCAGCUUUGUGCGGACGCACGAAAAGGCGCUUGCGAACGCGCUGCAGUUUCGGAGACAAAACGCUCCUCGGCAUGGAUCCUCGCAGAGCGUCUCGUCGGUCGCGUCCAUACCCGUGCCCAGCUCGCCGUCCGUGCCUGAGCGACCGUCGACCUCAGCGUCAACGUCGAGUACACUGGCUGCCGCCUUGUCGCUCGGCACUCUGAACUUCACAUCCCACAGUGUGAAGUCAGCGAAGUUGGCCCUCACCCCCCACCACUUGUUCUAUUUGCUCUCGCGUUUUGAAGAACUAGGCAUUCCUGUUGGGCCCAUGAAAGUCCGUCUCGAGAACCUGCACGACAGCACCACGUCAGCCAAUUACGUGUCGUUUCUUGGCCAGUCCCAGCGCUCCAAGACCCAUGGCUCCGAGGUUGGUUCGAUUCGCUCUGUCUCGAGUAUUCGGAGCGUCAUGUCGGGCAUGUCGGCCCUUUGGGCCAGCUUUGGUAUUGGCUCUAGCAUAUCCGCCGCACGGACUGAGCGACAAAAGGCGGCGGUCCAGGCCGAUCUGAAAUACCUAUAUUCCGCCUUCACCAAGAUCCCUUGUCUGAGACUGGCACCCGACUGGCGGGCCCGGCUGAUCAAAGGCUACGAGGAGUUCCCUUUUGACUCGGCCGUGCCGCUCUAUGUGUUCAAGAACGUCCAGGCUCUCGAGGUGAGCGAUAUCGACUUCAGGCAGUUCUUCGGCUGGGACAAGCUUGCCGAUCAGCUCCGGUCCCUGACCGUGAAGCGUGCAAGUAUUGAUGAUCCAGCCGAUAUCUUGAUCGAUAUUGUGCUGGACGACAUGGACAAGCGGCGACGUCGCAGCUCCAAGGCGCAGACGUCGCCAACUACGCCUUGGGCACAAUCGGCGAGUCCAAGGAGAAGUCCUACGGUCUCGCAUGCCGAGCUUCACAAGUCCACUUCGGCCCCUGGUUCUCCCGAACCCCGGAAGUCGACGACUGAUCUGCCCGUUGGAUCGCUUAGCUCUGAAAUUGGAACGGAUCAGGAUGGAUCCAAUGACCCGGAUAGCAGGCGGCCGUCUAUUGUCAGGGCGGAUAGCGACGAACCAAGAUCGCCUAGCAAGGCUUCCCGGCCCCGGAGCCACUCCCCCCGCCGGCCCUCGAGCUCUAGGAAUGGAUCGGCCAAUGUGCGCGGAUCCUACAAGAUACGGCGCUCCGGGUCUGGAAGCUCCCACUCCAGCCUGUCGGACUCGUGGCAUAACUCUCGCGGAAGCUCUUCAAAUCUCCUGGUCAUGGGCAUUCUCCCGGCUUCCAAGUGGCGGUUCCUCAAGCAUCUGAGUUUGGCAGAUAACUCGCUAACCUCGAUUCCCUCGUCGAGCCUGUCGCCGCUUUCAAACACGCUGCAUUCGCUCGACCUUUCGUCUAACCUGUUCACUCAAAUACCUGACAGUCUUGCAAAUCUUACCGCUUUGCGUGCACUGAACUUGGCUCAAUGCAUGAUAGAUUCUUUGCACUCGCUGACUCGCAAUCCGUUGCCCGCCAUCACUGCCCUGAACUUGCGGGCAAACCGUCUGCAAUCGCUUGCUGGGAUUGAGCGUCUUUACCCCCUGGAGAGACUAGACCUGAGAGACAACCGCCUUACGGACCCCCUGGAACUGGCACGGCUAACUGGCCUCCCGGAAAUACGUGAAGUAUACGUAGAGGGUAACCCUUUUACGCGCACACAUCGUGAUUACCGUGUCACCAUUUUCAACCUCUUCCGCAAGACACCGGGAUAUACGGAUGACAUCACCAUCGAUGCUACUGGACCGAGCUAUUCCGAGAAGCGCUACCUGAUAGAGCGUGUUGAUGAACCAGAAGCUGUGCCUGUGGUUAAGCCUGUGCCGCUGGAGAUUCCCGCAGUCGACGUCAGCAAGCCGGCCAUCAUUUAUGACGCGCCACUCAAUGAGCCUGCUCUGCUUCGGAAGGAGCGGCCAGCGCCCUUGAGUGCCUCCAGCGAGGUCAACACAAGCUCGACACGUCGUCGCAGAGCCCCCAAACGACGCAUCGUCGAUCUUGCCACGAACGAAGGCUCGGUUCCUCACGCUCAGCCCGUUGACCGGUAUAGAGCGAGUAACAAUGGUGCCGCUUUGGGCUUGGACAAAACCUAUCUCGUCGGUCAACCUCUAGAGACCAAAAGGGCAACGCAAAACACUCUAGUGGAGAGCCCGCUACCUAGCGCGCAAAUCCACCCGGAUGUUCCGAGAAUCGAUACCAGUGUUAUCCCGCAGCUGCCGCCUAUCUACGCCUCCCACGACAGCCCGCCGACCAACCACAUUUGGAAUGAGAAUCCAGACUGGGACGUCGGCGGUGAACUAUACCGUCGUAAGAUAGAGGCUCUCCGCGACAAGGUCGGAAGCGGCUAUUUGAGCGUCCUUAACGAAGAGGGGUGGAAUCCUACAUCCCGCCCUCUAGAUUAUCACGAGGCUGACUUCGGUCCUGCCUCUCCUCUACACACCAACCCAACCACGCCCCGGGCUGCGAGCGUCCAGCCGAUACACAGCGGCCGCACGCUUGGUUGA